UACUAGUGGGCUGGGUGUUAUAAUCUGUUUAUUUAUUUGACUAGUUUUGUUAGUCUUUGGCCUCCUUGUCUCUUGAUCUGCAUCUGUUUGUGUGAUGGAAGUUGCUGAGAACCUUCCACCGUUCGACUGGGAUGGCAGGCAAUGAGUUUUGGGGGGUACAUGUUUUGGGUCAGGGUAUACAAGGCCUCCAAACUGCUCAACCUGAUGUGGCUUCCAGUGACGAGGACAGCGAUGACACAGGUCAAAAGGACUCUGCUUACACUGAUCUGAGAUCAUAUGGUAGAAAGCUGAUAAACAAAGGCAGAUGGAUAAGAGAAGAGGAUGAAAAGUUAAAAAAGAUAGUGGAGAACCAUGGUCAGCAUGAUUGGAAGCUCAUAUCAAGUUUUUUUCCUGAUCGAUCUGAUAUCCAGUGUCAGCAUAGAUGGUACAAAGUUCUUAAUCCAGAACUGAUCAAAGGUCCCUGGACAAAAGAGGAAGAUGAAAAGGUUGUGCACCUAGUUAAAGUUCAUGGCCCCAAAAAGUGGACUUUGAUUUCAAAGCAUCUGAAAGGGAGGACAGGAAAGCAAUGCAGAGAAAGGUGGCAUAAUCAUCUAAAUCCUGCCAUCAAGAAAUCUGCAUGGACAGAAGAGGAGGAUCGCUUAAUUUAUCAACUUCACAAGCGCAUGGGAAACAGAUGGGCAGAGAUAGCUAAAUACUUAACUGGACGGACAGAUAACGCUAUCAAAAAUCACUGGAAUUCAACAAUGAGGAGGAAGUUUGAGGCAGAAGAAGAGCAAACUGCCCCCCAGGUGGUCACCAGUGCUUACACUCCCAGCUCGUCCAGUAAUCUUCAACAUGUCCAUCCUGUCAAGCUCUUCAGAAGUAUAAACUCUGAGUCAUCAGGUAUAGGUACAUCACUUUUAACCAACAAUCAGAUGACAAAUGCAGUGAUACUGGACCAAAGAAAUGAGGGCAAGUGCUGGACAGUUGUUGAAGCCCAUGGAGUUAUCUCCCCUGUCAGAUCUAAUGUCGCUGAAGCCUUGACGCAGAGCUCUGGUUUUGGAGAAAUGUCUGCACUAGACUUGAUCAAUGGUGUUGAAAUUACACAGGGGUUGACUCCCCUUAAGUCAUCUAGGCUCACCAGAAAUGGAGUCAAAGGCUACAGGUUUGAUGGCCGUGCAAUAGGGAAGUUAAAGAGUCCAGGGGGUGGAGGGUUGAUACCCUUCCCCUCCCCAGUUGCUUCUCGCCUUUCCACUCCACCAGCUAUUCUAAGAAGAGGGCGACAUCAGAAGCAUAGAACUAGAUGCCGCAGAAUAUUUGCAUCGAAGCCUGAGAACACAACCAUGUCAUCACUCAGUUCUGAUGUUAAAACUGAGCAGUUUGUAAAUGAAUUAAAGGUGGAACCAGUGAGCAUAAAGUCUGAGCCAGUGGAAAUGUGUUCAGAACCAGCUUCGGUACUAUCAGGUCAUGUAGACAUUCCGUUCGCUGCCUACAGUCUUCCACCAGAGGUUUUAAUAAAAUCAGAAUCAGAUGAUCCAAAAAUUGACAUUGAAAAUUUGGAUCCUUACUACCCUGUAAAACAGGAAACCAAAACCCCAACAGGAACACCAAUCAAGAACCUGCCCUUUUCACCAUCACAGUUUCUGAACAGUCCUGGCCUGCCCUUUGGAUUGCUGACGUCCACACCUGUAGCCUCUAAUCCUUGUGACACAAGUUCUUCUGUUUUGACGACACCCACCUGUGCUACUCUGGACACACUGGAGGAGUCAGGCAAAGUGCAUGACAGUGGGUCUAAUGAUGAGAACAGGACUCCAGCAGUGAAGAGGUCUCUUCUGGAGACAGCCCCACAGACACCCACUCCUCUGAGAAAUGCAAUGAAGGCAAUGACAUUAGUACCGAUGAGCCCAAGUACUGUGGAUGUGUACCUGAAUGAUGUGAUGCGAGAAGACACAGCCAGUGGGUAUGAAGCCGACACCUCAACAUUAGGUACCACGGAUAACAGAUCACACAGACAGAGCUCCACGUCGUCAAAUCGUGUGAGGAAGUCCCUGGAUAAGGACUGGUCUGUGAUGGAAGCUGUAAAUGCUUCAGACUUUUCAAGUGAUGACCCCUUCACGAAACCAGAGACUCCAAGCAAGUCGCUAAUAGGAGAUGAGAGUGUAUCCUUGUUUUCACCUCCAUCAACCUUGAAAGAUGUAUUUCCUGGGUUAGGAGGAGUGUUCGCAUUGCCAGGUUCACCAGCUAAGAAGAAGUCAAGUGAAAGGAUUCCGUUUGAAGAAACCCCAUCAAAACCAGUACAGAAGCUUGAUGAGAAGUUUGAGAUGUUUGCUUGUGGAAAGACUCCAGACCAAGUUGAACUGACAGAAUUAGCUAGGAAGUACUUUGCCUCUCUUAGACCGCAUGCUCUCAAUCUUUGAGUGGCUGACUAUGCAUGUUGUAUAUUAUGGCAGUGCAAUUCCACAAUUAAACACCUUUAUAGAUUUUGUAUGGCAAUAUUGAUGAGCAGUGCUUCUGACGUUCUUUUAAUAUCAAUUUUUAACACCUUGGCAAUUUCCUACAAGGAUUAUUUCUAGUAUUGUGGGCUACUCGACAACCUGUAAAGCAUUUCAUAUAUAUAUUUGUAAAUAUUAUGUACAUGUGGAUCUCCCAAUAUUUGUAAACAUACAAUAGUACAUGUACGUUGCAUGUGUAGCAACUAGAUAUAUAUUUACAUUUUUGCAAGUAUUUUGUACCCUAGAUCUGAAGUAUGUAAAGUCACUAAAGAUAUGAUGUUUUCUAGUACCUUGAUAGAAAUCAUCACCUAUCUAAAGUUAAACACACUAGAUCUUAGUGUUGUGAAGAGUGUGAGCAGUAUAUAAUGCAGAGAUGCCACAUCACAAAACAAGUCACGAAAUUUGAAAAUUUUCAUUAUCCGAGCAUCCUUAUGUGUAAAUGUAUGUACUUAUGUAAGUAUUAUGUACGUUCUCACAUCGGUGGAUUUUGAUUUUUUUGAUAUGUUAACCUGUUAGACAUCUGGGCGACCUGUUUAAAUGGCACAGUAUUGGCCUUCUGACUUUGUCACGUUUUGUAGUAGAAGUCCUUAGUUAUCUUCGAGGUUGGUUAGAGAAAUGCUAUAAGUUGUUGUUUUGAAAUAUCAACAUGAAAAUGUCAAUGUGUUUUAUUCCUCCGCACCUCCACCCAACAAACGCUGCAUGAUCAGUUUCAAUUUCAGAUUUUUGAUCUGUUCACAUCGUAAUUCUUACAUUUACAUGAGAGGUUUGAUUUGUCUUUGUCAUCAGCAAUUUGUCUUUUUAUUUGUAUAUUUUCUUUCGUUCAGCAGCCUGUUGUGUUCUUUUAAAUUCGUCAUUGAAUAUUGUUGUUCUCAUUUUGUUAUGUAGUAUUCUCUUAAACAGCCGAACAGCUGCAAUAUUGUGAUCGAAACCGAUUGAUUUCCAGAAGGCCUAAUCCACGCGGGUUUAGUGUGGAAUACAAAUAUUUUUAGAACUAAAAUGUUCUGAGAGGGAGAGAAAAAAAAAAGAAAGAAAAUUUUUAUCAAAUUUUUUAUUCCUGUAUAGAGUGUGACAUUUGGUAAUAUAUAACUGAAAAGGUCUCGGACACUGAGCGGACUAUUGUUGGCAAUUUUGUUUUGUUGUAAAUUUAGGGCUACUGUUAGCUAGAGGCCAAUGUUAUUGGCUUGAGGCAUGUGCCGGGUUCCUGUUGUUUGUUGCUGUAGCUAGUGCUUUGUUCUUUAUAGCAUACAUGUUCAUCUGCACGCAACUCACAUUGAGUUUAUGUUCAAGACAACUAGAUAUUUACAGGUAAAACUAGGAGCGUUUCUAGUUAAUAAAGAAAAACAGUUACACCAUACAUGGUAAAAGAAUGCAUAAAAAAUGUACAAAAAAUCCUUUCUUGAUCGUAAUGAAUUUCUUGGAUAUUUAAUAUGUAUAUUUGUAUUUAUAGGUGAGCAUGUUGUCAAGGUUUUUAUAUAUGGCUAGUGAAACCUGCAUAGUAGCACACUACCCCCCCCCCCCCAACACACACACACA